CCCCCUCUCUCCUUCUCAUGUCUUUCCCACUCCUAAUAAUCGGUGCAGCUUAGCGACCUAUAGUCGCCGCCGCUUUCCAGCGACGGAAAAGCUGCACUCUUUUCUUCCAUGGGGAAAAACCCUCCAUCCCCGCCGUCCGAAAUUGAGACGGCUCACGGAGGCCACAAGGGCCGGCCAUCCCCUCCCUAUGACGUUGAGACGGCUCACGGAGGCCGCAUGGGCCGACCAUCGCCUCCCCAUGACGUUGAGACCGCUCACGGAGGCCGCAAGAGCAGAUCGUCGCCUCCCUACGACGUUGAAACGGCCCAUGGAGGUCGCCAUGGCCAACCGUCGCCGUCAUCUGAUAUGGAGACGAGACGCGGGCAUCGAAAGAGCCGAUCAGAAACCCCGCAACCAACACCGCGUUUUUCCCCACCGCUUCCGAAGCCGUGGUUCCCCUGGCUUGUGCCGCUCAUAUUUGUGGUUAAUGUGGCACUGUUUUGGUAUUCGAUGUACUACAAUGAUUGCCCUGCAAAAAUAGACAAAGAUCGCAAAUGCCUCCUCCCAGAAUAUUUGGGAAGGUUCUCUUUCCAACCAUUCAAGGAGAAUCCCCUCCUCGGACCUUCCACCAGCACACUGCAAAAUUUAGGAGCCCUACAAAAGGAAUUAGUGGUGGAGGACAACGAAGGAUGGCGCCUGAUAACCUGCAUGUUUCUUCAUGCUGGUGUUAUACAUUUAGUCGCCAAUAUGUUUAGUCUCUUAUCCAUAGGAAUCCGGCUUGAGCAGGAAUUUGGAUUCAUUAGAAUUGGAUUAUUAUACACACUUUCUGGGUUCGCGGGAAGCUUAAUAUCAAUGUUGCAUUUGGAGGCAUCUGCAAAACCAACCAUAUCAGUUGGUGCAUCUGGUGCCCUUUUUGGACUCCUUGGGGCCAUGCUUUCUGAGCUUCUAACGAACUGGACAAUUUAUGAAAAUAAGUGUGCAGCUCUUAUAACUCUUUUGGUCAUUAGUGCCUUAAACUUGUCACUUGGAUUUCUGCCUCGGGUUGACAAUUCAGCUCAUGUUGGAGGGUUCUCUUCAGGAUUCCUUCUGGGGUUUGUUCUUUUAAUGCGUCCUCAAUAUGGAUAUGUAAAUCGUAAGCAUAUUCCUCCAGGAUAUGAUGUCAAACGUAAAUCCAAGUUCACCUUCUAUCAAUAUCUCUUAUUUGCCAUGUCCUUAAUCAUCUUAAUUGUUGGAUAUGCGUAUAGCUUAAUUAAGCUAUUCAAGAAAUAGGCUAUGGAGAAAAAGUUGAAUGCUGGGAAGAGACUCAGAAUGCUUUUUUCUUCAAAAUUGCAAGUAUUAAUCCGGAAUCUCCCUGUUCAGAUGUGUAUAAAAGAAUACAAGUAUUUAGGCCCCAAACUUGAAUUUACAUAUAGAUGCUUCGUAGUUUGGAACCUUUUUCCUGUUUUCUUUCUUCUGGUACAUGCUUCUUCAUAUUAUUCACAGAAGCAAUAUAAACAAAAUCUGGACUUUUGAAGCUUGCACCAAUUCUGAGAUGAUUUCGCGCGCUGUACAGUUAAUUAGGGAAAUGUCACCCCAGGCUCCUUCUAUACUUUAA